CUUGUUUUGUGAGGAGGCAGUUCAACAACCUUGUUGGUAAUAUCUUUUUUGUCGUUACAUCGGAUGAAGUGAAGUACAAAUUUCAUGUUAAGAAAGGCAGUUCGAAGACACGUGUUUUUGGUACUGGAUACCAAAAAUUUCUUCAUGACUACGACCUGAAAGUUGGUGACUGUAUCAUGUUUGGGUUUGAUAGUGCUCCUGAACUGUUUGGGAUUUUUGCAGUAGGUCCUGAUGGCACUGAAAAGCAUCGUGUCGAUGAAAUUCCAACUGCAGUUGUCCACACUAAAGGUGUUAUGCUUACUACUGCUCAAACAUUGAAGAAGGAACAACUUCUCCGUGAGCGUGGUCUUGGUCUUGGUGUUGUUUUUGUGCACACCUUGACGAAUACUGAUUUGAAGGGCAAUGGACUGCGUAUACCGAAGGAAGUUGUUAGGUCCUUGAAUAUCUCUGAAAGCGGGGAGGCAUGUUUUUUUGUUGAUGACUAUGGCUACCACCCUCAGGGUGCAUACUACACUACUACUGAUGGAAGGAUGAAGUUCGAUUCCUGCUGGUCGGAGUUUACUAAGGAGUAUAACUUUGAAUCUGGGAAUGUUGUUCUCAUUCUUUUCAACCAGGGCGGCCGUGGUGGUAUUGAAGUUUCAGUUGAUAUCCUAUGAUAUAAUCUUUAUCAUAUGAUAUAAUUGUUUUAGUCUACAAUUUGUGUGUGCCCAUUGUGUGUUUAUGUCAUAUCGCUACCCUGGCCGCUCUUGUGUGAAGGGAUUGUAUAGUGGGAUUAUGUAGGGGGUACA